AUGUCAUCCUCAGAAAGAAUAACAGUUCAUAAUCUAGCGGAUCUGAAGAACACCUCAGACGAUGCGCUCCCCAACUACCUCAACUCUCUUAAGUUUACCCAAUCUCACACCCUAACCGAUGUUCGCCUUGCACUCGGAUGGGGUGCCUUUUUAAUUGCCGCUGCUUGCUUCGGCUGGGACUACAAGUUUGGCUUCGACAGCACAAAGUACUACACAGCCGCCGCUGUUGUGAUCUACUCGAUUCUUAACGGUGCUCUAACCCUUUGGAUCUGGCUCAAGGAGGCCGGUACUGUGUACGAGGGCACCUCUCCUUCAGGCGAGAAGAUCAAUAUUGCAACCUCCACAAAGAAGAACGUUCCCAUUUACAACAUGAAGAUUACCAUCACCUCGAAAAACGGCGAAAAGAAGACAAUUGAACUUGCAAAGCCAUUUGCUGAGUGGUUCGACUCCCAGGGUCACUUCGUCGCCACGCCCUUCCAGGAGAUUCUGGCGACCGAUAUUCCCGUCAUCGGCAAGCUCGACGCGAAGCGUGUUAAAUCCUCCUCCCAGCCAUACUCUGCCGACUUCCUAGACGCCUUGUAUGCUGAGAGUACCGCGACAGGAAGCGGUGCUGAGGCAGCUGCCAAGGGCUCCAGCAAGAGACGCAAGGCGUAG